AUGUCAGUUGCUACGGGAGUCUCACCUGGCCUUCGCGGGUUGCCAGCUGGUCUUCCCCGGCUUGCCCCUGUCGAUCGCAGAUUCUUUGCCGAUGGCCUCAGAACUAGCGGACAGCAUCCUCCAAUUGAUAGCCAACUUAGCUCCUUUGAUCAAUUUCCCAAGAGAAUCACUGGCCGUACUGUCUGGACCCCUGAUGAGAUGGCCGAUAACCCAGACAAAUGGAUCCACAAGUGGACGCCAUCUGAGCUGGCCGAAUUGGAGCGUGCAGUUGAUGCGUUCACGUCUUCAGGUGAACACCUAGUCAAUAUAAGCAAAACAAAUUUCCCUCUACCAGGACUUACUCCGGUGCUCGAUACAGCAAGGGACGACAUCCUGAACGGCCGUGGCUUUAUAUUAUUUCGUGGUUUGCCGAUCGAUACGUGGGGCAGAUACAGAGCCGCGGUCGCGACCAUGGGCAUUUCAGUCCACUUUGGCUACCUACUAUCUCAGAACAAGUUAGGAUUGAUCCUGGGUCACGUAACCAACCAGGGCGUUGAUUACAAAAACAAUCUAGACAAAAUCAAAAUUUCUGCUAGCAACGCCCCGCAAUUCUACCACACGGACGAGACUGAUAUCGUCGGCCUCUUGUUCUGUGCCCCAGGUGAGACCGGAGGCGCUUCAGGUUGCGCGUCAGCUCAUACUGUAUGGAAUGAGCUUGUAAAGGAGCGGCCAGACGUUGCGAAGACCUUGUCUUCUCCAAUUUGGUAUGUUGACCGCAAAGGCGAGAUCACCGACGGCCAGGAGCCUUGGUUCAAAAACCCGAUUUUCUUCGUUGAACCUGGUGGAAAGAAACGUGUCUAUGUCAAAUGGGACCCAUACUUUGUCAAAUCCCUGUCUCGCUUCAGCGAUAAAGGAUUGAUCCCUCCAUUGUCAAAUGAGCAGAAAGAGGCAAUGGAAGUCCUUGAGGCUUGCUGCCAGAAGAAUGGCCUGGUAUACGAUUGUGAGCUUGGAGACAUACAGUUCGUUUCUUGCUGCCAGACAUUUCAUUCUCGCACUGGCUUCACUGACCCGCCUGCACCCAAGCCACCGCGGUGCCUUUUGCGUACUUGGAUUGGUACGCCUGAGCAUGAAGGUGGCUGGUGCCUUCCUUUCCACGACAGCACUUUUCCGAAGAGGGGCGGUAUCCAAGUCGAUAAUACACCACCAACGGCUGAUCCACUUGUCACUGCCGGAGGGACAGAGUGA